CUGUUUGCGUGCAGCCUGUUUUCAUGAAGCCGGGUCAAUGUCCUAUACCGGAGACGAUUCCACUGUGUGCUGAAAGCUGUUUCCAUGAUGGCCAGUGUCCUGCCACAUGUUGCCCAACCACCGGUGGCUUUGCAUGCCGUGAACCACGUGGUCAGGGAAGAGGUCAGGGAAGUGGCCAGGGCCAUGGUCAGGGAAGCGGCCAUGGCCAGGGAAGCGGCCAGGGAAGCGGUUAUGGCCAGGGUAGCGGCCAGGGAAGCAGUUAUGGCCAGGGAAGCGGCCAGGGAAGCGGUUAUGGCCAGGGUAGCUAA